AGCAGCGGCGGCGAUGCAGCGACGUGCUCAUUAGCGUGAUGUCCACAGAGGCUCAAGGGUUACGUAAGGGCGACCCGCUGUCGUCCUGCUCGCAGCCGGCAGCAACGUGGCCGCUUUGUCCCCCCCUACCCCACCGACGCUCAAGAGAAACCAAAAGGACAUCUGUCGGGGAUGAGGCGGAGCCUGCAGCUGGUUGUCAUGGAGAGAGCGGCGCACUGAUCGGUCCGCCGCCUCCGUGACUCGGGAGGAGAGACGCUGAGCUCGCCUCGCGCUCCGAUGGAGGCGUCGUCAUGGCGAUGAGCUCGGAGAGGCGACGGAGAUGAAGUUUAAGAAGUUCAUCACCAUCAUGCAGGCGGCCAUGGGGGUGGUUCCCCUCAACAAGCGGGAGCUGCUGCCCCCCGGCAGGAAGCUGUGGAGACCGCCGGGGGACCAGGUUUGCGCUGACCAGACCAGCACUGACCUGCUCAAGUCCGGCCGCAGGUUCUGCUGGUCCAGAGAAGCCCAGUACUUGUACAUUCGCCGCCUCUCCUCAAGGAGCUUCUCAGCCAUCCUGAUGAACCCGGUCAUGGAGGAGACGGUGUGGGAGCAGUACACGGUGACCCUCCACAGAGAUCCAAAAAUGGGGUUUGGCAUCGCGGUCUCUGGAGGACGGGACAACCCAAACGAGGAGACGGGUGAGACGUCCAUCAUGGUGUCCGACGUCCUGCAGGGAGGACCGGCCGACGGACUGUUGUUUGAAAAGGAUCGGGUCGUUCAGGUGAACGCCAUCCCCAUGGAGGGGGCGCAGCACUCCUUCGCCGUCCAGACCCUCAGGAAGUGCGGGAAAGUGGCGAAAAUUACGGUCAAACGACCCAGGAAGGUUCCGGUGAACCUGAUGAACCGUCCCCCAUCCCCCGAUGACCGAGUCUUCAACAACGACUACAACGAUGACUACAACUACGACUAUGACCGCCGCAGCGCCGGGGGGCGGGACCAUAGCCCAGAAAGGGAGCGAGGAGUGGGGGGAGAUCUCGGAUACCAAACCCGGGACUACGACCGCGGCAGGAUGGCGGACAGGGACCUGAACCCAAACCGGAACUACAAAAGAGACGGGAGCAGAGGACGCACUCUGGACCGGGAGCCCAGCCCCGACCGCCGCUACAGGAGCGACAACAGGCUGGACCGCGACUACAGCCCGGACCGGAGGUACCAAGACUACAGUCCGGACCGCCGCUACCGCAGCGAUCGAACCCUCGACCGGGGCCACAGCCCGGACCGCCGCUUCCGCAGUGAGCGAACACUGGAGCGCGACCACAGCCCAGAGCAGCGCUACGGGCGGGACGGCUACAGAGACCAAGACCCGAGGAAGUACGACGAGCCGAUGAAACGGAGUGGGAGCAGAGACCGCCUGGAGCGCUCGCCAUCGCCCCCUCCAGCGCCCAUCCCUCUGCCCCGCCCCGCUCGAGACCUGGCGCCGCUGGAGAAACCGGUCAACGUUCUCCUGCUGAAGAACCAUCCCAACGAAGAGUACGGCCUUCGCCUGGGCAGCCAGCUCUUCAUCAAAGAGAUGACCAGCACCGGACUUGCAGGUCGCGACGGCAACCUGCAAGAGGGGGACAUAAUCCUGAAGAUCAACGGCACGGUGACGGAGAACCUGUCCCUCAGCGACGCCGGGAAGCUGAUCGAGAAGUCCCGCGGGCGGCUGCAGCUGGUGGUGCAGAGGGACCGGCGGCAGGUUCUGAUCCGGAUCCCGCCGAUGGUCGACAGCGACUCGGAGCUCGAUGAUAUCUCUGAGAUCGAGUCGUACCGCUCUUAUUCUCCACAGGAUGACAGACGGGUUCACCACUCCGACCUGUCGUCGCACUCGUCCAACGAGAGGAUUCGAGACAAACCCAGAGAGGACCCGCCUAACAGAUUGGCAAAAAUGGGUGCCAUGCCGACACCAUUCAGAGGUGCAGAUAGAAGUGUUGAAACCACGCCCCCUUUGCAAGCAGAGAGGGAGGAGCCUCGAUCUGAGACGCCACCAGCACCAGCCCCUCCUCCGAGGGUCCAGGUUCCACCAAAGAUCCAACUCAAACCAAGCAUAGAAGACCAGGAAGUUUAUGGGCCGAACACGGUGAUGGUGCGCUUCAAGAAAGGCGACAGCGUGGGUCUGAGGCUGGCGGGAGGAAACGAUGUUGGCAUCUUCAUCGCCGGUGUCCAGGAGGACAGCGCAGCCGAGCAGGAGGGUCUCCGUAUGGGAGAUCAGAUCAUGAAGGUGAACACUGUCGACUUCAGAGGGAUGGUGCGUGAAGACGCCGUCCUGUAUCUCUUGGACAUCCCAAAAGGAGAGGACAUUACCAUUCUGGCUCAGAGCAAACCUGAAGUGUAUGAAGAUAUUUUGGCUUCUGGUCGCGGCGACUCGUUCUUCAUCAGAACCCACUUUGAGUACGAGAAGGAGGCGCCGCAGAGCCUUCCUUUCACCAGAGGGGAGAUUUUUAAAGUCACCGACACGCUCUACGACGGCAAGCUGGGCCACUGGCUGGCGAUCCGAACCGACAAGGACAACCAGCUGCUGGAGAAAGGAAUCAUUCCCAACAAGAGCAGGGCGGAACAGAUGGCGAACGUCCAGAACGCCGCUCGCGCCGCAUCGGGCAACGACAGAGGAGACUUCUGGAGGUCGAGAGGUCAGAGGGCGGCGAAGAAGAAAGACCUCCGUAAGAACCGAGAGGAUAUGAGCGUGGCGCCGGUCAGCACACGGUUCCCCGCCUACGAGAGGGUGGUGUUACGAGAAGCUGGUUUCAGGAGACCCGUGGUGAUCUUUGGGCCCAUUUCCGACGCGGUGAAUGAAAAACUGGCCAACGACCUUCCGGACGAGUUCGUCGUCGCCAAAACGGAGCCGAAGGACGCAGGAAGUGAUAAAUCUUCUGGAGUGGUGAGACUCAACACCAUCCGACAAAUCAUCGAGCAGGACCGCCACGCUCUGCUGGACGUCACUCCAAAAGCCGUGGACACGUUGAACUACACGCAGUGGUACCCCAUCGUCGUCUUCCUGAACCCGGACAGCAAACAGGGCGUGAAGACCAUGAGGAACCGCCUCAUACCCGGGUCCAACCGCAGCGCGCGCAAACUCUACGAGCAGGCCGUCAGGCUGAAGAAGACCUGCUCCCACCUCUUCACAGCCACCAUCGAUCUGAACGCUGCGAACGACGCGUGGUACGGCAGCGUGAAGGACUCGAUCCGGGAGCAGCAGGACCGAGCCGUGUGGGUGUCUGAGGGCAAGAUGGACGGUUCAGAAGAGGACCUGGAUCUCCACGACGACCGCAUGUCCUACCUGUCAGCCAUGAGCGCCGACUACCUGAGCAUGGACAGCCGCCUGACCAGCGACUAUGACGACACGGCGGACGAGGGCGGGGCUUACACUGACAACGAGCUGGACGAGCCCUUGGAUGAGCCACAGCCUGUGUCGGCCAUCAGCCGGUCAUCGGAGCCCGUGCUGCCGGACGAGAGGCCCCACCCUGUCCCUCCACGCAUGAAGAUAGCAGGAAGCAGAGAGAUGCUCAACAGGGACCCCAGCCCUCCCCCAUCUUUCAUCCCUGAACCCCCGAAGGUCCGCACCCAGACUCGCUCCGACUCGACGCGGAGCUACGAGUCUCGCUCCAGCAGCACCAUCAGCAGCGACGCGGCAGGCGUCAACCGGCCGGGGCCCCCGCCCGUGGCCCUGAAGCCCGUCGUGGCCCGUCUGAGCCAGUCGGCGGAGGAUCAGAGCGCCAAGAAGGAGGAGGAGGACCCCGCCAACAAGUCCUUCCUGGGCAAGAUUAAAGCGUUUGAGAAGAUGGACCACCUGGCCCGCGCUCAGAGGCUUCUGGAGCUGCAGGAGGCAGAAAGCGCUCGAUUGGAAAUUGCCCAGAAGCACCCAGACAUUUACGCCGUCCCAGUGAAACUGCCGAAACCCAACCUGAACCGCCCGCAGCCGAUCGGGUCCAACGCCGAGCCGCAGGCGAUGCCCAGGCCGCCGUACUCUGAGAGCAGAGGACACGAGGACCGGGAGGUGGAGUACCGGCGCCAGCUGUCGGACCAGGCCAGGAAGGGCUACUACAACCCUCAGAAGUACAACGACACCGAGCUGUGAGGCGCCCAGAACCAGGAAGUGAGCUCAGCUGCCCCGGUUCCAGCUUCUCUGAACUUUAUCCUUAGUCACAUUUCCUGCCGAGACGUCAGCUUCAACACUAAUUUCAGAUUUUAUUUUAUUCUUGUCGGUUUUUUAUGUUGUACAGAAUGUUUUCGCCCAGAGUGGCUGAUUUUACUCCCGACGCAGGAGAUGUGUAAAUAUUCCGUCUGUCGGGUUCUGCUUCCCUUCGUGAACCCGUUGAGCCUCCAGAGUUGGACCGUCCCAGCCGAGUCUCAGAGGAAGCGUCAGCGGGAACAAAUAACUCGUGUUUUUUUGAAUAGUCCAGGCACUG